AUGUCAUCGGGAAGAAGAUAUUAUACUAACGAUAACGGCACGAGGAGCAGCAGUACCACCGCGACGAAUACUACUCACCACCACAACAGAGGAUAUUAUAUUCAGAGCAACUUUUUUAAGAGCGAGGAGGAGAAGGAGGAGAUGAAUAAAAACGACGAAAACGCGCAGCCGGGGAAGAAUCAUCAUCGUUCGUCUCAUGUUCAACACCAACAGAAGUCCUCCGCUUCCACCGCGACGGCGAAAGAACUCCUCCAUCGCGCGAGAAGCGAAAUCGUGAACCAAGUGAGAAAGGAUAUUCGAAACUCUUCGAACACGUCGUCGUCGUCUCACGGGGGGGACUUUCGUCGCGAGAGGGAAGCGUUGAAAGAAAAUAAUACGAAUACUAAAGAUGGUCUUCUUGGGUUCCAAAGUCGGUUCCCGAGCGCGUUUGGAGGUGCUCAAAAUAUUGACGGAAACGACGAGCAACAACAUGUUGCGCGAGAAAAGCAACGAUUGGAAGAGAAAAGACGGAAAGCACAAAUGGCGGAGACGAGUUUACACGAGAAGAUGGACGAGACGAAAGAGAGGAUCAUGGAGAGAGGAGGAGGAGGACGGAGUCGCGCCGCCGCCGCGAAUACUACUACUACUACUCAUACUACGCACAACAGCAGUAAAAAUGUCUCGCAAUGGAUGGACAGCGUGGUGGCAAAAGCGAGACACGACGCGUCGAUGUCACCACCAUUACAACAGCAUAGCAGGAAUAAUAAUACUAGUAGCAACAAUAACUCUUCGGCGACAGAGAGUUUGAGAGAGGCGGCGAAGAACGCGAGAGAGGCGGUGACGAGGGCGGUGUACGGCACCGCGACGGCGCGACACGACGAGGGGAAAGAGAACACGCCUCCUCCAGUUGUCCGACGAAGCUUUAGCGAUCCUUCGCCUUCUUCUACGAUGAAUUAUCAACAACAGCACGAAGAGACGGACGCGAAAGUGACGAAAGCGAUGCUCAAAUCUGCGUUGAAACAAACCGGAGAGUUACGAACAGAACUGAGAGAGACAAAAUUGACGUUAGACGGCGUCAAAGAAAAUUUGGAAACCGCAGAGAACGACUUGAAGAAGGAAAGAGAGAAUCGCGAGGAAGAUAAGCUGAAUUUCGAGGCGGCGAAGAACGAGUUGGAAACGUCUCGCGAGGCGGCGAGGGAAGCUUUGGCGAGAGAAGUGAGCGUGACGCAAGAGUUGACGAAAAAGUUGAGCGCGAAAAGAGACGAAGCGCUGGAACAAAGAAACUUGGCGGAUAAGUUUAAGAGAGAGUUGGAACAGUUACGAAGCGAGCUGAGAAACUUGAAGAACGAAAACGAAAGUUGGAUUCGAAAAGCCGAAGCCGCGAAUGAGACUUCGAGACGAAGAUCGGGCGACCAACAGAAGGACGUGCCAAAAGUUUCCUCGUCGUUUCCUCAACAGCAACAACAACGACCGCAGCAAAACGAGCAACAAAAAGUAAACGCGACGACGACGACGACGACGGCGCAAACUCACCAAUCGCAACAACAACAACAAGUCAACUGGUCUCGAGAGCGUCGCGAGGCUGAAGAGUUGAAAACAAAAGGAAAUCGCGCGUUCCACGCGAACAAGUUUGACGAAGCGUUACAAUCGUACACGGCGGCUUUACAGGUGAACUUUGAAGACCAACCGUUCCGCGCGGUGCUUCACGCGAACAGAGCGGCGGCUUUGCAGUCGUUAAAGAAACAUUUAGAAGCGAUUGUCGCGUGUUGCGAGAGUCAAUUUUUUGAUAAAUCGUACGUUCGAGCCAUUCAACGACGAGCGGACGCGUACUUAUCCAUCGGCGAUUGGACGAUGGCGGCGAAAGAUUUAGAAGCUUUAGUGCCAAUCAUGGGCAAAGAGUGCGACGCGAAAUUGCGAGAAGUCAAGAUGAACAUCCAAAGAGGCGUUCAUAUCGAACACUACGCCGUCUUGGGCGUCUCCUCUCGAGCGAACGCUUCAGAGAUUCGAGCGUCCUACCUCAAGAAAUCUUUGAAGCACCACCCGGAUAAAGCGGAAACCGAGCACACGAAAGAGAUCGCAGAGUUGAUGUUUAAGAGAGUGGUCGAGGCGUACAAAGUGUUGAGCGAUGCGAACGCUCGGAGAGCGUACGAUAACAAGAGGAUCCUAGGCUCGAGCAACGCGUACAACAGAAGAUAUUAA